GCCCAGGCAGCGAUCAUAGGUCGGACGAAUAACUCCCGGGACGAGACGAAACGAAACGAUAGCAGCAGCAACAGCGACAGYAGCAGCGAGCAACGACGAUCGCGACAAGAAUGACGCCAGAAUUACACGAUAGCACCACAAUACGGCACCCGUUGUUCACCGGACGGGAAACGCCGGAAAGGGCACAAUCUGUUCUCCAGUGUCCGGUCUUGCUCCACCGGAGCAAUGGCAAUGGCAAUGACAAGCAAAGACACAGACACAAACACAGGCGAAGGCACGCAACGAUGGUGGUUCUUCUGGGUUUGAUCGCUCUCUUGGACCACCGGGGGGUUCUCGCCUUCCAGACGCCCUCGCCCCACCACCACGAGAACCACCACGAGAACCACCACAACGGCAACCGCCGGCCGCGAACGGUAGAAGACAAGUCGACCGGAACGGGCUUCCCGAGGACGUCCACCCCCUCCGACCGGGGAGACCGGAGGAGCAGCAUGUUUUCGCCGCAGAAACGCCAGGAGCCCCGGGGGAACGGGCCCAGUGGAGCGGCCGGGGGAAAGAGCCGCCAGAGGGUGGUCCCGAGCAUCUGGGACACCUCCGCCCCGGUUCUGGUGGAGGCCUCGGCCCUCCGGACCUUUGGCUUCGAGCGGCCCGACGUCGAGCGGGUCCAGGUCCUCCUCAAGAAGCACGACGCCGUGGAUCCCUCCAGCGGCAGGAGGCGGUCCUCGGGAGAGCCCCUCAUCGCCCGGGUGGACCUCUGGCACGGGCCGGACUCGACGCCCCAGAACCUCGCCAUCUACCUGGAGGAGGAAGCCGACGAGGACGGCGACGACUACGACGAAGACUGGGGCGCAAGCGGGAGCGCGGCCCAGGGCCAUUCCCCCCGCGAAAGGAGCAGCAGCAACGGCAACGGCAAUGCACACACGUCAAGCGUAGACACCCCCUUUAGCACCAUCAUCGAGACUCCCCAGGGGCACAACACGAUCGCGAUCCGCAACAUCGCCGAGACCUCGGACCUCCUGGCCUGCGUGGAGGGAGAAGAACGCGACUACGACUACGGACACCAAGAGAGCUGGUUCACGCCCAGCGCACCCCCCGCAAGCGACAGCGGCCACAGCCCCCUGCAGUCGGUCAUCCAGCGGCUCAAGGCAACCACCACGCCGCAGCGCAUCGACUCUACCAUCGCCAAUCCCAAGCACACGCAGGGCGAAGGCUACCAGGACUACGAUGACUACGACGAAGACGACGAGGCCAACCAGCCGGUCGUCGGUUCCUGCGCGGUGGAGCUCCCCUCCAACAUUGCCAGCGUCCAGGUCCUGCUGCAGACGCAGUUCAUGCAGCCCCUCCAGGCCCGGAUCGAGCUGGAACUCCGGGAGGGAGACAGCGAGAACACCCCCACCGGCGGCUACAGGGUCGUCAAGAGGACCAUCGUGGAGGUCUUCAGCGAGGACGGGAUGCACCGGCCCUUCUUUGCGGUCCUGGAGGCCCCCCGGAAGGCCGGCUGGUUCGGGAGCGAGAGCGGAGCCGCGCCUCCCUCGCGCUACACCACGAGCAUGCGGGUGGUCAACCUCUCCACCACCGAGUUUCCCCUCUUUGCGACGGUCGAGCCGCACGCCGUCGACGACCACGAGCCCCGGCGGCGGCCGGCCCCGUCCGGGGACCAACGCGGAGAGGAAGCGGGGGACGGCCCGGGCGCUUCCCAGCCCGAGUGGACCCACUUUGGGGGCGGGAGCAGCUUCGACGCCGUGUCCAACUCCACGAUCCUGGACGCGGAGAUCUUGUAGGCCGGCGGUCAAAAAAGAGCGGUCUGGCUGGCUGGCUGGCCUUGUCUAGCAAAACGGGAGGGGACGGACAAUCGAAAACGAAACGAAACGAAACGAAACGAAACAGCUAGGAGGAACACCGCCCGUGAACGAAACACGCAC